UGUUUCCAGUUUCAGUACACACCGAUUUUAUUCAGGCUGCAGUUUUAUAUAAAAAAAAAAUUGACUAAGUUUUAGCCAAAUCUGUAGACGUGAAGCAAAUUCAGAUCUCUAUUUUAGCUGUUUUUUAAAGUUAAAAGUUCCCAGCAUCACCAUGUCGCAGAGCUACGCCUACGACGUGAUUCUGGUAAACUCCAGCCUGCCGAUUCCUCGCAAAUCUGGAAGCUUAACUGCGGCAGGAGGCCCCAUCUACUCAGUCCGGCUGUUCGAGGACUUCGAGGACUUGGCCAUAGAGCGCCUUUUCGUGGAGGAGUUCCCUCCGGAUGUCCUGUCUGGCUUCACGGCCAGUCCCUGUGAUUUGAUUGGGUCCCUUACCUCCCAUGGCGUCGGCGUAACCGUAAGGGAGAACGACGAGGUCAUUGGAUCGGGCAGUGGCAUGCUGGGCUCCUCUCUUCUGCGACAGCUCACGGAUCCCUUCUUCACCGUCACCGAGAAACUAAAGGUGGAGCUGGUUAAAGGCAAGAAAAGUGUCGGCGAAGUGGAGCUCCUCAUAAAAAUCAGCUCCGAAUCUCCGGAUAUAAAUCACGGCCUCGUUCCAUUCGGCUGCUAUGAUGUCUGCAAGCCGGUGGACAACUCGAUCAGCAAAAGGGACAUCAUCUUCACCCUGGGUCGCUCUGGAAAGUGUCCCACGAACACCUGCAUCACGGACGAGCGCCUGAUGUCCCACGCCGGAGCUCCCUUCAAAUGUCCCCAUGCGGCGGCCGACAAUCCGGAGGUUCUGGGCAACGAAGGGGGAGCCGACGCAAAGUGCGGCUGCCUCGUGGCCGGAAUGCAGGUUCCCAAGGACGACAAGACCGCCAAGAAGCGGGAGCGGGCUGCACUCAAAAAGCUCGUCGAGGAACUGGGUCUGGAUGAUAUAAAAGUUCCCAUUCCGCCGCGCUCACAUGCAAAGUCGCGCAGUUGGCACUGCAAGUGCACCUCGCCGCCUUCCACCACGGACAGCUCCUCCUGCGGCGCCAAUGAGUUGGAUUGGGAAGGGGCUGCCAAGAGGCGCAAGGCCUUAUCCUUGACCACCUCUCGAGAUCAGAAGGCUCGUCGAAAGCUAAUGGGAUCCUGCCCGGUCAAGGAACCCGAACUCAAGCAGGAGGCCUACAAGCCACCGCAUCUCUGCCAGCUCUGCCACUCGGACAUCAGCUGGCUGCCCAAGAUCUCCGCCUGUCCCUACUGCGGCUACAAGACCUUCGACGAGUUGCGUCCCAGUGAGGAGCCCUACGAUCUCACGGCGACGGCGCAGCAACUGCUGAUGGACUGCCUGCGCAAGGAUCCCUGCAGACAGAGCUCCUCUGGAUCUUCGGCAGAUGAUAGUCUGGCGGAGAGGAUAAGGAAAAUCCAGGACGACAGUGACCCCAAUAUCCCCAAGCGAUGUGCCUGCCUGGGCGGCAAACCAUGCACCAAGUGCCGCAUCCGCAAGCUCUGCGAGAACUUCUUCAAGGAUAAUGAGUGCAAAGCCCAGAUAAAUCCGCUGCCAGAGGCCCAACCAGAAGCCAUUCCCAAGCCCACACCAGAAACAGACCAGGUGCAGAAAAAGAACUCGACCACUUCCCAACGUCGAUCCCAGCUGAUCUCGAUCUUCACGGAGAUGCGGGACUUGUACGGCAAUAAGAAGGGCGCAGAGGAGGAAAGCGCGCUGGCGGAGGAGCUGAAAAAGAAGUGUGAAGCAGCCUGCCGAAACUCCAGGUCCGCCAGGGCGCGCAGGAAGGCCCGGAGGUCGCUGAGAAGGGCUUUGAAGGAGAUCGACGAGGCCUACCCAAAGCCACCUAAGAUGCGGGUCAAGAAGAAGCGGGUUCACAAGAAGUCCAAAUGCUACACGUUCUUGAAGUACAAGAAGCAGCCGAAGGAUCCCCGCAUCGGCCACACGGACUGCAUCUCGGACGGCAACUACACGGGCUACUGCAAGGUGCCCUGCCACAUGGGCUGGAUGUGGACCAAGAGCGAGCUGGCGCGCCACAAGGCCUGGCGCCCGGGAGCCAUUGCCCGGCCGAUCCGCCAGCUGAUGGCCUACUUCCUCAGGGACUACCCCGCCGAUAAGCUCUGCCUGUCGCGCUACCACUACCGCCGCAGGAAGUGCCCCAGGGAUCAGGAGCAGGAGCAGGAGGAGCCCCUGGUGCAGCACCCCACGCUGCACAUCUGUCGCAAGGGGGACGAGUACAUCAUCACCCUGCGUCCGCUGAAGGAGCCCAAGGCGCUGGCCUCCAGCGCCAAUCCGUACGCGGACAUGAAGCCCGUGGUCUUCCGGAUCACCAAGGACCCCAUGGCGGUGGCCCUCCGCCAGAUGCGGGUGGACCUGCAGGACAAGGGGUUCGCGCCGUGCACCUGCCGCCGACCGGUGGCCAGUUGCUUCUGCCGCAGCCACAUCGACAAGAAGUGCAUCCAGAGCGAGGUGGCCAACCUCUGCCGGCAGCGCGGCUGGGCGAACAACGCGGACAGCUUCGUCUACUCCCCGAACAGCGACGACGACGACAGCGACCGGGAGUACGAGUUCGGGGUCACCCCUCCGGCGGGGGUGAUCAAGCCGGACCGGAAGAGGCGGCCGGACAGGGCGAACGUGGAGACUCAGUACAGGGAGCUCGACUGGGCGGCGCCCUCCAUGUAUCCCCAUCCCGCCAACAUGAUGGUCCAGUACGGCGCCUGCGUGAUGGGCGAGCGCAAGAAGAAGUUCCCCUGGCUCUACGGAAAGGGCAACGUGCACGCCCCGCCGAAGCCCAUCAUGAAGAAUCCGCCCAAGAAGAAGCCGCGCAAGAAGCUUCCCUUCCGGGCAGCUGGCGGCUACGAGGAUCCCCGCCGAUUCGAUCCCACUCCCUUGAGCAGGCCUUGGCACAGGUCGUCCUCCCCGGGCUACGUUGAAAUGUACUGAUCAUCCAUUGAAGCACUUUUAAAUCUUAAAUGAACUAUGACGGUUAGGCUGUUCGAAUAAAGCCCAUUUUAUUUAACUAAAAA